AUGGCAGGCGUCUUCUCCAACGCCAACCUGGGCGGCGUGGCCGAUCCCCGACUGGGCAACGAGGCCGACAUCAUCGGCACCGAGGCCGAGCAUCGCGUGGCGGUAGAAAAGCCCAGCGGCGAACCGCUGCACAACAUCCCCGCCCCCAUCCUGCACGGCAGGGGCAACAUCUACCUCGACACCAGCAUCACCUUCGAGAACUACCACUACUGGGCCAACCGCUCCCGAGAGGUCGAGAAAGAGAUCCGGACCGACAACCAGGGUCUGCAGAGACUGGGUAAGGUGCUGAUCGGUCGCAAGGUGGAGGAGGAAGAUACCUCCGCGCAGCCGACAGGAGCCGGAGAGAAUUCAUCCGGCAAGGAACUGUCGGAGAAAACCCCCGCCGAAGAUUCGAACUCGGCCUCCGACCAGAACGACAAGACUGACAAGGUCGACAAAUGGGGCAUUUCUGAGACCGAAUGGGAGCAGGCACAGCGUGCCGGUCGUACCGCGACCUGGGGAUCCAUCUUUUAUCUGAUCACCACCGAUAUCCUGGGACCGUCCAGCGUCCCCUGGGCCAUCAGUCAAAUGGGUUACGGACCCGGCUUUGCGCUGUAUACCGUCUUUGGUCUGAUGGCAUACUACUCUGGUAUGCAGUUGUGGAAGAUUUUCAUCGGCAUGGACUCCACGCGGUACCCCAUGCGCAAUUACGGUGAUGUGGCCUUCCGCAUCUUCGGCACCCCCGCCCGUAUCGUUGUCAACGUCUUGCAGAGUUUCCAGUUCUUCAUCAACCUGGCCCUGCUAAUCGAGAGUAGUGGCCAGAGUCUGGCCCAGAUGGCCGCGGGCGCGGAUGGGAGUGGCUUCCUGUGCUUCGUCGUCGCCGAGGUGAUCUUCAUGCUCGUCGGCUUCGUGCUCGGCCAGAUCCGGACCCUGCAACGGCUAUCCUGGCUGUCCAACCUGGCCAUCUGGCUGAAUGUGAUCGUCAUCAUCAUGACCAUGGCGGUGGUCUAUCAGUACCCCCCCAACUACAAGGCCGUCUGGAAUACCUCGAAGAUCCCCAAGGGCCCCGUGCUCACGAGUGCCAACUGGCCCGCCAACACCACGCUGUACGAUCGCAUUAACGGUGUGAUGAACUGUGUGUUCGCCUACGGUGGCGCCACUCUCUUCAACGAACUGAUGGCCGAGAUGAGGCGCCCGUACGAUUUCUGGAAGGGCUUCGUGAUCGCUGAGAUUUUCAUUUACGUCUGUUAUUUGAUCGAGGGAAUGGUGGUGUACAAUGCUCAGGGUCAAUUUUGCUACAACCCGGCUUACCAAGGUAUCCCCGACUCGGCCUACAAGUACCAGACGGUGGGUAACGCGCUCUCGUUCAUCACCGCCGUUAUUGCGGCCCUCCUAUACGCCAACAUCGGCGUGAAGGUCUUCUACUCGUCGGUCAUGCGUGACGUCUUCCACAUGCCGCCCCUCGACCACAAGUCCGGCAAGCUGAUCUGGAUCGGACUCGUCCCGGUCUACUGGGGCCUGGCCUUCGUCCUCGCGGGCGCCGUCCCGCAGAUUAGCAACCUGACCUCCUUCGAGGGCGCGCUCUGCAUCUUCCAGUUCUCCUACACCUUCCCGCCCCUGCUGCUGGUCGGAUACAACAUCCAGAAGGACGCCAUGCUCCCGGAGGAGUCUUUCAACCCCCACACGGGCGAAACCAAGCGCGUGGACAACGGGGUGAAGCGCUGGAUCCGCGGGUACAAGAAGAAGUUCGCGUGGAACACGUUCGACCUGAUCUACGCCACGGGCGCCCUGGCCACGGCGGGCAUGGGACUGUGGGCAGCCAUCACCGGCAUGAAGGUCGAUUUCGCCGAGACGGCCCUGACCCCCUUUACCUGCACCAACCCGGCCGGUUAGCCGCCGCGCCCCCUGUCAGCACGCAUAUGCGAUAAGACACCCUUGGACCCUUUUUCGCCACUCACCCACCCCAUCAGAAUGUCCCUACCUAUCUAGACCUAGUACGUACGCCGUACUAGUCCAUAUCCCGUAUCUCGUUCAAUUUCCGUCGUAAUAUAUAUCGAAGUUUAAUUGAUCCACGCGCGG